GCAAUCGAAUAAAAACGCCCUCCUGUUCCAGUUCCUUCAAAUGUUCGGCGUGUGUCGGGAAAAGUUUUUUUGUGUUUGGCAAUUAGUAACCUGGUAACUGCUUCGAGAACCGCUCGGGAGGUUAGAGAUUCGGGUUGGUGCGUUCAUUAUAACACAUUUUAUGGCUACUUGUGCAUUAAAGAUGCGGCUUACGAAACUCAAUCAAUCAUCGAAAGGAAAUGUACCCUAUAAAUCUUCAAUUUACGCUUUGAAGCCUGUGUCGUAGCCUGUGUUACAGAACUUAUUGCGAUUGCCGUGUAUGAAAAUGAUUGCUUCCUUAAACGGCUUAUUUCUGCUGUCACAAGUUAUAAAAGUAUGGAUAACCGCAUCGGUUCGCACCACAAACCGGAUGAACGCCCUGCUUUCCGAGUCGAUGCUCAGCCGGCGGCGGGCCCAGAAUCCGGAGGGCGACGGCGGAGCUGGAUUUGAGGGCGGCGAGCGCAACGAGAAGCCAAAGAAUGAUUGGAAAUUUUUUCACACCAAUUUCAAUAUGGAACGUGCCCACAAGAUCAUCGAAGAUUGCAUCGAGGAGCGUCUGCUGUGGGAUCGCUUCAGCCGCAAUUACGAUUCUUGGCGUGCCCUGCAGUUGGUCGAGAGUCUGGCGGCCGAGAUACGCGAUCGGGUCAAGAAGUUAAACCACAGUCGGCAUCGCAUUAUCUGCCUGUUGUCGAUUGUGGAGAAGCAGAAUCAGGGCAUCUACCAGAGAAUGUGCCACCUGAUGGACGAGAAGCGGGAUAACUUCACUCAGCUGGUCUUUGAGCGGCCCACCUACUUCAUGAUCGUUGUCCUGUAUCUGGUCUACAAGGAUUAGUCCUUAGUCCUUAGAGCUUAUAAAGUUUCCUUUGGUCUAGUUAAGUGAUUGGUUAAGACACGUAAUAAAUGAUUGAAAAUUGAAAAAAA